CUCGUAUUCGUUUAACGCACCCAUAUACAGAGUAUCAAUUACUAUCUCCUAUGGCGGAGAGAGAGUUGGAUUGAUUGUGUAAGGAGACGUAAAGCUGCAUGUAACUACCUGCGCCACAGAGCGAAAUCGUCCUGUAUGCUGUAGGGUCCGACAAGGAUCCUCAAUAGGCACUGUGCAUGUGCAUAUGGCAAGGAGACAUGGAAGUUGAAAGGUAAUAUUGCCGCCUCUGUCUCACCUUGUUAUUGCCCUCCAGAGCUUCAGCGCCAGGCUGUGGUGAUGGUUUCUGUGGAAGGAAAAAGUAAUGAGCCACUUGAGACAACCUCAAUGCAGCGUCAAUAAAUCAUCUGCUAGUAUUUGAGUUCUUGGCAUUAAAGAGCCAUUCUCCGAGGCUGCCUCAAAUCCGAGCAACAUGAAACAAGCCGUUUAAAUGUGUACCCCGAGGGUAAUAAUGGUGACAUCCGAAAUCCCACGCGGGCUCCAGCAUAUGCUUGAUGCUGAAACCUCGGUCUGCCGUAGUUCACAAGACGUCAGUUCCACCCAAGUUUUGGUUGAUGAGGGGAAAGUCAAAGCACAGACUUGGAUCACCCCCUCGCUAACUUGUGUGAUCACCGUUUGAAUCCGUUGGGAAGCCUGGGGUGCACCCCAUCGCGAGCGCUCACUGGGUGGGAAACGAGAUUGGCAGUGCCCUGGAGGAAUAAUCCGCCAGAUCGAAUCGAGGCGAAUGAUUCGCACAAGGGAAAAAGCCCACCGAAACGGUGGGGGGCGCCUAUUCUUUCUUAG